UCUUCCCGGGACUGUCCAUCCUUUCCCGCCGUUCACUGGCCUUUGGAGGAGGGUCAGAGUUCAUGCCGCUCUCUGGAAAAAUCUGCUGAAAGCCAGGAGUUGCGGGGACUAGUGGUCGUGGACGUCCUUCCGAUCCUAAAUCUUAAGGGGCAAAGGCCAUACUCUGGGACUGUUAACUAGGCCGAGGGCCUGGAGGCGGGAAGAGGAUGUGUGGGUGGGGUCAGGGGUGAGAGGUCAGAGGGCCGCGAAGGGGGCGGAGCGAGCCGGAGGCGGAUGGCGGCUACGGCGGCUCAUUAUUUUCCGCGGCAGGGGUGCUGAAGCGGGGACGCGGGUCAGACGCGUCCGGCUGUGGAAGGAGAGCGGCGGCCGCUCACAACAUGCACAGCCUGGCGACGGCUGCGCCUGUGCCUACUGCACUGGCACAAGUGGAUAGAGAAAAGAUCUAUCAGUGGAUCAAUGAGCUGUCGAGUCCUGAGACAAGGGAAAAUGCUUUGCUGGAGCUAAGUAAGAAGCGAGAGUCUGUUCCUGACCUUGCACCCAUGCUGUGGCAUUCAUUUGGUACUAUUGCAGCACUUUUACAGGAAAUUGUAAAUAUUUAUCCAUCUAUCAACCCACCAACCUUGACAGCACACCAGUCUAACAGAGUUUGCAAUGCUCUGGCAUUACUGCAAUGUGUAGCAUCACAUCCAGAAACCAGGUCAGCGUUUCUCGCAGCACACAUCCCACUUUUUUUGUACCCCUUUUUGCACACUGUCAGCAAAACACGUCCCUUUGAGUAUCUUCGGCUCACCAGCCUUGGAGUUAUUGGGGCCCUGGUGAAAACAGAUGAACAAGAAGUAAUCAACUUUUUAUUGACAACAGAAAUUAUCCCUUUAUGUUUGCGAAUUAUGGAAUCUGGAAGUGAACUUUCUAAAACAGUUGCCACAUUCAUCCUCCAGAAGAUCUUGUUAGAUGACACUGGUUUGGCUUAUAUAUGUCAGACGUAUGAGCGUUUCUCCCAUGUUGCCAUGAUCUUGGGUAAGAUGGUCCUGCAGCUAUCCAAAGAGCCUUCUGCCCGUCUGCUGAAGCAUGUAGUGAGAUGUUACCUUCGGCUUUCAGAUAACCCCAGGGCACGUGAAGCACUCAGGCAGUGCCUCCCUGACCAGCUGAAAGACACAACCUUCGCCCAGGUGCUAAAAGAUGACACCACCACGAAACGCUGGCUUGCACAACUGGUGAAGAACCUGCAAGAGGGCCAGGUCACCGAUCCCAGGGGUAUCCCCCUGCCCCCUCAGUGAUCCUUCCCUGUUCCCUCCCACUACUCCCCCAAAUUGGGGAAAGGAGGGGGAACCUAUGAGAAAAACAGCUCAGGUUUUAUCACCGACUGGGAAUAGACAACCUCAAUGCUGAACCAUACUGGAGAAAAGGGGCAAGGUACCCCUGCUGAGGUGCAUGGGCUGCCAUCUCAGGCCGUCUUGAGGACCUGGGCUCCCUCUGCUACUCCCAGGAAAUGGGCUCCUGACACAGCAGUCUGCCACCACAGCCCCAGGAGGGUGUCAACACCAGCAAAUGCUGUAUUUGCAGCAUGUCCAAGAUGACCCUUCUCCCCUACCUCUACCUAGCCACUGGCAGGGAGGGGAGACAGUGGUGAUAGCAGCAGCACUCUAGGCAUGGUGAACGCCUGGGACCAAGCCAUGUGGCGUUUUUUAUUUUGCCUUCCUGGAAGACUCAAGAUGUGUCUCUUCAUUCUCUCUCAGUAUUUGUUUACUUUGGUUUUUUUGUUUUUAAUCUCAGAGAGAGGUGUGUUUAGUGGGCACAAGCUGUAAUAUUCAGCAAAACUUUGUCAAUUGGCACUGUUUACAAGUCUGUUAGCUGCAUAAGCUCAAUAAAAAGUUGGUCUGGGCAUUACAUCCCCUCUGGCAGGCCAAUAGCUGCAUCAAGCUGUUGGGAGAAAUGGGAGGGCAGGGGAAAGAUGUAAAGCCAAAGGACAGCAGGAACCUACCACCUGUUUCCCUUCUCCCAUUCUACUCCCAGUCUGGAAUGCCACAAGGACCUUAACCUUGUUUCUGGCUUUAGCUGCUAGUUUUCCCAAAUCUCCGUGCUUUCCCUUUUUAAAACUUCCCUUCUAUUAAAACAGAUGUCUUAAUUCAUCAGGCUGUCUUGGAAGGGUAUUGUAUUGAGGGACAAGGGGCGGUGGUGGACCUCACCUUCAAUCCAAGUUUUCAAAGAUACUUUCUCGAUAACUCUAAAAGGGAGGUGCUUGGGAUUAAGGUGACAAUCUACUUGAUCCUAUUCUUUGUUUUAGUGUGAAUUUCAGCAGCUCCAUCUGUCUUCGUGAUUAUACUUGAGCAGUAUUAGCCGUAUGAGUUAAUUUUAUUCAAAUUGAAGAUGGUUGAAGAUGGAGGGCUGGAUUCUGCUCACUCAGUCUUUUUUUUUUUUUUUUUUUUUUUUUUUUUUUUUUGACACAUUCUCUUUUGGUCUAUGGGAAUACAGGGUUGCCGCUAAAAUAUUCACUUGUUCUUACCGUAUCAGAGAUUUCCUCUUCUCUGGAGCUUAGAUGGCUCUUCACAAUCCAUAGGCUUGAAUCUGCAGCCAAGUGUAAACUGCCUUGCUUUCCCCAGUCCUUUCCCCUGCUAGCACCUACUUUCUCAUCCCCAUCUCCAAUCAAAGAUGGGAUUGCUUAAUCCACCUCUGGAGAGGGACCAAGUCUUUUCUGCCCACAUCUCACCCAACUGAGGUGUCUGAACAAGUCUGGGGAGGGUCUAUAAGGGGCAGGCUCAAAAAAAAAAAAAAAAUUUGCGGAGGCAGUUUUGCCAACACAAGGGCUCCUUCAAGCCGACUUUCACAAAGAGAGCCGGACUUGUUAGUUGGCUUCUGUCUUUUUAGAGCCAAGAAAAUAGUAAUUAAGUCGCCUAGAUAUAAGAAGGGCAGAAUAAGCACUUACUCCCCCUGCCUUCCAAGAUGAAGAGGAGAAGCAGGCAAACCCUCAAUAAUCGCAAGCCUGAAGAGAAGUGAUCUUAGAGAAAGCAGAGAACAGAAUGGACUGGAUACACAUCUUGACUCUAGUCUGUAGUCUGAAUAGAGUCUGGAGAGUCCAGUUAAGGUAACCCUGAUUUUUGACAACCGCCUUCCUGCUGAGCCAAAGUUUUCUCAUUCCCCCUCCACUGGGGAAGCAGCUGAGGCCCAGGGCCUUGCUCCCUGGGAAAUUCUCUUCUCUCCAUCUUUCGGUGCAUUGGCCAUGUUACUGUGCCAAAGUGUCUUAAUUCUUGUCCCAUCUAUUCUCAGCUGGCCUUGGAACCCACAUAGGAGUUGGUGGGGGAGGGGUGGAAUGGAUAUUAUUCAUUGUAGUUGAUCCUGAUGUGUGUAUUAUAUAAAGAGACCCCUCCCCUUAUUUUGUGUUUUCCCAUCCCUCUCCCUCAAUAGGAUUGAAAUAAAACAUGCUUCUGUUUUUGUAAAAAUAA